AUGUUGAAGGCACCAAUCAAACAAACGGCCGGGGACACAAUCGCAACUCUGUCCUCGCGCCUGUCAUCGGCCACUCUCCUCGAAGACAGACGCGCCGCCAUUCUCGGUCUCCGCUCUUUUGCUAAGAAAUAUCCUGCCUCGGUCGCCAGUGGCUCUCUGCGCGACUUGAUCGCCGUUCUUCGCACCGAUGGCCUGGGCCUGACAAAAGAUGGAGAGGGAGACGUCGAUACUGUCCGUCUGGUGCUCGAGACGCUUCUCAUGCUGUUCGAGCCCGAUCGUGAGAGUCCCGAGGCCAGCGAAGACAUAGCCCUGUGGCUGGCCGACGAGUUCAGUCAGCGUCAAGACAACAUCACCAUUCUGCUAGACUUGCUCGAUCAACCUGACUACUAUGCUCGUAUCUACUCGAUCCAACUCCUUACCGCCAUCUCGACUUCCAGACCCGAACGAACCCAGGAGUGUAUUCUCCAAGCCCCGCUUGGAACAGCCAGACUGGUCGGUGUUCUGGACGACGGAAGAGACGCUGUGCGAAACGCUGCCCUCCUGCUCCUAGUCGAUCUGACCAACGUCUCGCAAACAGAGUUGCAGAAGCUCAUUGCCUUUGAAGAUGCUUUUCAGCGCACCUUCAACCUCAUCCAAUCUGAGGGUGGACUAUCCGAAGGAGGCAUAGUCGCCCAAGACUGUCUCUCAUUGCUUGCCAACCUCAUUCGACACAGCCACUCCAACCAGGCCCUGUUCCGCGAGUCUGGCUGUAUCCCACGUUUGAUUGAGCUGGUAAAGCAAGUUUCAACUCCACCUGAGGAAGAGAACGACUUUGGCCGGAGCGAUCGAGAAAAGAAUGCUUGGGGUCUGCUCGCUGUCUUGCGUCUCUUCCUCGAGCGAGGCGAAUUGGGCACCAAGCAGAACCAAGAUGUCUUCUGGCGUAGUGGCGUGCUACACCUCGUCUUGACAUUAGCUUUUGACGAAAGAGCCGCCCCUCACAUUCGCAUGAAUGCUCUGAAGACUUGCGCUGAUGCCAUCAUCUUCAACGCUCCCUUGCAAGAAGCUUUUGCUUCAUUCCAAGUGCCUGUUACUUCAGAAGCUCCUGCUCCUGUCAAUGGCGUUGCGACUAAGCCUCAAGCUAAGAUCAUGUAUGUCAUUGAGGCCCUGCUCAAUCUUGUACUCUCCGCUUCGCCCUCGCGCACUCUGGACCUGCGGUCUGCUGGUUGUUCUCUCAUCAAGGCUUACUUCCAGGGUCACGAUCGCAUCAAACUUCAUUUCCUCCAGAGAGCUAUUGCAGGCUACACCGAGGGCGAGGAAGAGGAUAUAAACAUUCUUAGCACCCUUUUGAACGGCCCUCAGCUCGGGCCCGCCACUCCCGACCCACCCCGCUUCGCCUUUGCUAGCGACAUCACAUGCCAGCUCCUGUUCAAUCUGCAAGAUGCCAAAUCUAUGCUCAUGGGUGUUUCUGAAGGCGAUGCCGACAAGGGCGAAGAUGUCAUUACAGCUAUCCAAACUCUGUCUGGCCAUCUCCUUUCGUCUCUACGAAACGAUUUUGACCCUCAGCUCUCCAUCUCUUAUCUCAAUCUACUCAUCACAUUCCUUUUUGACGAACCCGCUGCUGUCAACGACUGUCUGGCAGAAGGCUCCUCUCUUAUGGGAGUCUUGCUUGACAAUGCUCUCCUCACUGCUAACUCGCAAGUUGCUGCAGACCCCAUCAAGUCUUUGCUACCUGGCCUCUCCGCUAUUCUGCUUGGAACAAUUUACGAGUUCAGUACCAAAGACAGUCCCAUCCCCCGACGCACGUUAUAUCCCCUUCUGAUUUCCAAACUUGGCCGCCAAAAGUACUUCGAUGCUCUGAUGCAAUUCCGUCAGAACCCUAUCAUCCGCGACUCUGAGUUCAUCACAUCCGAGAUUGAGGGUGCUGCUAUCUUAUUUGAUGACGAGUUCGUCGACUGGUUCAAAGAUGAGUACGGUAGGCUCAAGCGCGUAAUUGAUCGUGAACCUGGAAUUGAGGUUGUUCGUCCUUCAGAUGUCGGCGUGGAUCGCGAUGUCCUAGACGACUUACGAGAAAAGAUCAAAACUCGGGAUGAGAAGCUGCAGCAGAAAGAGCAGGAUGAUCUGGCCGCUAAGCAAAAGUCAGAUCAAGCCGAAGCGGAUUACCGACAUCAAUUACAAAGCUUGCAAUCCUCACAGCGCUCGAUGGAAGCUGAAGUAGAGCGCAUCAAGCGUAUCAACGAAGCUCUGCAGCGUGAUCAUGAUGUUGAGAUCCAGCGGGUGUCUGGAGAACUGCGUAGUCAGCUCGCGCAAUUCCAACUCGAGAGUCGCAACAACCUACAGACACUUCGCGAUCAGCACAAACAGGAGUUGGAACGUCUGAAGGGUCAACACGGAGCAACUGUAGCAAGCGAACGUUCGCUAUGGGAAGACAAGGCACGAAAGGCUGCUGAACAAGCCACUCGCGAUCAACGAGCUGCUGUCGACAAGGCUGCAGAAGAGCACCGUAAAGCAACGGAGCAAAAUGCAGAAGAACAACGCAUGCGCGCAGAUCAAGUCGCUUCUGAGCAUCGUAAAGCCCUUGACGACCUUACUGUUACUGUUCAACAGAAGGAUAAAACUAUCAAGGAUCAUGAGACCACCAUCUCAGAUCACGCCCGUAGCGAAAAGAUCCUCAAGCAGGAACACUCCGCCACGACAGCCACGCUUGAGAAACUCCGCGCUGAGUUCGACUCGAGCAAAUCUGACAAGGCCAAGCUUGAGAAGGAGUUGGAAACAACAAAGAAUCUGCAGAAAGAUCUCCAACAAGUCAACACAAAAGCCAUGGCUCGUGUCAAGACACUCGAGGACGAAGCCAAAACUCGGGAAACCAAGAUCCAAGCUCUCACCUCGGAGGUCUCUUCGCUGCAAGCAGAAAUUGACAACAAGCAACAGAAAAUCUCCGAGCUGGAGCAAGAAGUAUCCGGCCUUAAGCUCGAACUCAAAGGCGAAAGGGAGGGGUACAAUGAUCUGGAGACCGAACUUAACGAUCUCAAGACCACACACCGUAAACUUGAGACCUCGAACAAGGAACUUGAAGCACAGAUCUCCGAACACAAGUCGAAGCCCGCAUCUCCUGAUAACUCAGACAAGCUCAGAGCACUGGAGAAGGAAUUGGCAGACACGAAGAAGAAACUCGAGACAGCUUCCUCGAACCCAAAGAACAAAAAGACUUCUGAUGAUGCCACCAAGAAAGAAGUUGAAAAGGAGAAGGCAGAAGCCAGUAAGGCGAGAACAGAACUCGAGGAUAUGUUGAUGGGAUAUAGGGAGAAGCUAAGGAAGCAUGGAGAGGAGGACGAUGAGGAAGAGGAAGAGGAGUAG